GACAUCAAUCACGCCACGCCUGUUGAGGAUAACAACACAAUAUAAGAAGCCUCAAAAUGCACAACUUGCUCCCACGAUUGUAUUCAAGCAGUGAUAUCCAUCAAGGAGAUUGUGAUAGCCCAUCCUCUCACACACUCACCCAUUUCCACCUAUUCCCCAGUCUCCCUACAGAACUGCGCUACAAAAUAUGGCGUCUAGCCAUCCUACCCCGCGUCUUAGAACCUUCAUUAGAUUUCCCCAAUGGUGUGCCCGCCAAUUUUGCUUGUCAAAUAUGCACACUUACACUCAAUUAACACUCUUCCUGUAGAUGAACAAGAAGCGCAAUAUCCCCGUCGCAGACCACCCCCAGCCCUUUUUUCCACGACCCAAGAAAGUCGAACCAUCUGCCUCGACGAAUAUAUUGUCCACACACUCCGCAACACACCUUUCUAUAUCCAUCGUGGUCUCGAUACACUCUUUCUCCCAAUCAGCAACCGAAUGUCUAAAGAUCUCUCAUAUUCCGAGCCCUUCUAUUGCUGGCUCAUCUCCCAAAUUUCCACCCUCGCCCUCGAAAUCUCCAUCGAUCCAGCAUUAUUGAACUUCAGACCAUCCUCGAAAUCUUUCCGUGUCUUGCCCCCCAGAGCCGCUAUCAUUCCAUCCCUCGAUGGAUAUAUGUGGAUAUAUUCUCUCACGUCCCCAUCCACAAUCCUCUACCUCACCUUUCAGCUCAAGUCUGCGCGACCAAGACCUCGCUCAACGCCCCCUCCGCAAUCCACAUCUUCUCUAGAAUCACCAUGCUCCCCAUCGUCACCGAUUGGCCAAUACUACACAGAUAUUAAUCAAUACGCAGACAGGACCAUCAUAGCAGAAUACGAAGAGGAUUGCGAGACGAAUAUGCCAUGGUCGAAGCUCCUGCCCAAGCCUAAACUCGUACCAGAUCCCAUGGCCAUCAUAAGAAGACAACAGAUGGCUUUGAGAUUAGAGAGCGAGGGAAUGGUUACGAAGAACGUAAGUUAUAGGACACACAAGGUGCUCCGAGAAUGACAAUCAUGUUUCUACUAAGCAUGGGAGUGAAAUUGUGCCGUUUGGAGAUAAAUGAUGGGGAAAAGAAUGCAUUAGCGAAGUAGUACUCGCGCUGCAAGGUACAGCUAAGGAAUCUUGGGCAAUGCAGAGCUAGGCAAGUAUUUGAAACAAGGGACGAGAUAACCAUUUUAAAUUAUCACAAGGACUCGCAUAUUUUAUUGUAACAUCUAUCUUGCACCUUCAAAGACACAUACAACAUCAUACAAUCACACGCAUCA